UUUUCGCGACUUUGGCAAGUGCGCAAGGGAGAGGUCAUUUUCCUUAUCGCUCUAGUUCACAACCUUUUGCUCCCGAAACAAGAAUAAUGCUGAUUAGAUCCAAACUUUCAUCUUUAAGAGACUAUCUCACACCCAUCAAUAACACAUCUAAUUUCACCACCACCGGCGAGAUCUCCCCUGAUGAGUUUGUGAUAGCUGGAGACUAUUUGGUGUAUAAGUUUCCCACAUGGGAGUGGUCAUCUGCCCCUUCAAAACUACAGAAAUCUUAUUUGCCUCCUGACAAACAGUAUUUGAUUACCAAACAUGUUCCUAGUCAUGAAAGAGCGUAUACAUACUUGGGAAUUGACGCGACCCUAGAUGAGCUGGAGGAGGAGUUAGAAGAUGGCUGGGUCAAAUCUCACAAGAUCUCCGAAUCAGCAAAAUCUAGUGAUUCCAUUGAUGAUGCCAAACCAAGUGAAAUACAAGAUAAUGACCAUAAUGAUAAUAACGACAUAGAUGAUUUGAUCGAUGAAACCGCUGAGCUUGAACUUGCUGAAGACGAGUUUGAAGAUCUAUCGAAGGGUAAUCACUCCAGCUUGAGAAAGUAUGAUUUAUACAUCACAUAUUCCACCAGUUAUAGGGUUCCCAAGCUCUAUUUGGUCGGGUUUAGCUCAAGCGGGAUCCCCUUGUUACCCAAGCAGAUGUUUGAGGAUAUUUCAUCCGAUUAUAGAGACAGAACUGCCACCAUCGAGAAGUUACCCACAAGCUUCAACACCACAUCUGUGUCUAUUCACCCCUGUAAACACGCGUCCGUCAUGCGGGUAUUGAUGGAGCAUGCCAAGCAGUCACAAUUGAAGCGGAAGCUCAAAGACCGCGACGAAGAUGACGAACUGGAAGACGUGAAGCCAAAAGACGAAGAUGAAGAUGAUGAGUUGGGGGUGAGAGCAGACCAGUACUUGAUUAUAUUUUUGAAGUUCAUUGCCAGUGUUACCCCUGGAAUAGAGUACGACUACACUAUGGAAGUUUUAUAGAAGCGAACACGUCCAUACAAUAAAAUUGUAGUCUUUGAUAUAUUUCAUAUAUAUUUCAGAUGCG